GGGUUUCUUCCCUCCCCUCCAUUCAGCUGCUGCUGCGGUGCUGUCGAAAAGUUUCAAAUAAUUGCGGAUGCAGCCUUUCCCUCCUUUCUUUUCUGCCUUUUCCAACUUCUUCUUCCAGGGGGAAUCAGUGGAUGUUUAAAAUUCUCUGCUAGAAGCAGCGAGAGCAGGUAGCAUGCCAUUUAGAAAAUGCCGUGCUGGAUUACAGUGCCAGACAGAUAAUCUCUUCCAUCAUAGUACAGAACCACACGCUGCAAAGAUCAAGCUUAGAUUCCGGGUUCCUGAUGCCUGUGGGUGUGUUCACACUGGCACUUUACUGCUAGAACCACAGCUGGCUUUGCUCUUGAUCCGGUCGCCUUUUCAACGACAGCAGUUCUGUGUUACGUUUUCUUAUCACAUCAGGGAUAGCAGAGAAGCAGAGCAAUAACUCCAGUGGUAGUGCAGUCCACGCUGAAGAAUUUUACUACUUGACAAGGUUCCUUAGAAAGAGAGCUUGGACGGCAUGCAAAGUAGUGAAAUAUCUGCAGAGAGCACGGAUGAUCCUCUUAGUCGUGGCCUACGGAGAAAACGACAGCCGCGAAUAGUCGUGAUCGGCGCUGGGCUUGCGGGCCUCUCUGCAACAAAAACUCUCUUGGAAAACGGUUUCACGGAUGUGACGGUCCUCGAAGCGACUGACCGAAUCGGAGGCCGGGUACAAAGCGUGAAACUAGGACACGCUACUUUUGAACUGGGAGCUACGUGGAUCCAUGGUUCCAAUGGAAAUCCAGUCUAUCAUCUAGCAGAAGAUAAUGGCUUACUCGAAGAGACAACAGACGACGAGAGGAGUGUGGGCCGUAUCAGCCUCUACUCCAAAAAUGGGGUGGCUUAUCACCUCACCAACAACGGUCAAAGGAUCCCGAAAGAUGUGGUUGAAGAAUUCAGUGAUUUAUACAACGAGGUCUAUAACCUGACUCAGGAGUUCUUCCAGAGUGGUAAACCAGUCCAUGCCGAGAGCAAGAACAGCGUGGGAGUCUUCACGCGAGAUGUCGUGCGCAAGCGCAUCAAAGCUGAUCAGGACGACUCAGAGGUGAUCAGGAGGCUUAAGCUUGCCAUGAUCCAGCAAUACCUUAAGGUGGAAAGUUGUGAGAGUAGCUCUCACAGCAUGGAUGAGGUCUCGCUCAGCGAAUUUGGGGAGUGGACCGAGAUCCCCGGAGCCCAUCACAUCAUCCCUUGUGGCUUCAUGAAGAUUGUGGAGAUCUUGGCCUGCUCCAUCCCAGAGCCGGUCAUCCAGCUGAACAAGCCAGUGAAGUGCAUCCACUGGAACCAGUCCAUUAGCAAGGAGAUUGAGCGCGUGGCUGACCACAACAGCGACCGCAUGGAAGAUGAUGAUGCCGGCUACCAUGUCCUGGUAGAGUGCGAGGACUGCGAGUUCCUUCUGGCUGACCACGUCAUUGUGACGGUGUCCCUGGGAGUCCUCAAGAAGCACCACGAGCGCAUGUUCAGCCCCUGCCUGCCAGAGGAGAAGGUCCUGGCCAUCCAGAAGCUGGGCAUCAGCACCACCGACAAGAUCUUCCUGGAGUUCGAGGAGCCCUUUUGGAGCCCCGAGUGCAACAGCAUCCAGUUCGUCUGGGAGGACGAAGCGGAGGCCGAGAGCCUGACCUACCCGGAGGAGCUGUGGUACAAGAAGAUCUGCAGCUUCGAUGUCCUCUUCCCGCCGGAGCGCUACGGCCACGUGCUGAGCGGCUGGAUCUGUGGAGAGGAGGCCUUGAUCAUGGAGAAGUAUGAUGAUGAAACAGUGGCGGAAACCUGCACCGAGAUGCUGCGUAAAUUCACAGGGAAUCCAGACAUUCCAAAACCUCGGCGGAUCCUACGCUCCUCGUGGGGGAGCAAUCCUUAUUUCCGUGGCUCAUAUUCUUACACGCAAGUGGGGUCUAGCGGAGCAGACGUAGAGAAACUUGCAAAGCCACUGCCUUAUACCGACAGUUCCAAGACGGUUCCUAUGCAGGUGAUGUUUUCGGGCGAGGCCACUCACAGGAAGUAUUAUUCCACCACCCAUGGUGCUCUGCUUUCCGGCCAGAGAGAGGCGGCUCAUCUCAUCGAAAUGUACCAGGACCUCUUGCAGAGCAAAAACUGAGAGGCUUGAACUUUCAGAAGAACCACUAACUCGUGAUUUCCUUUUGCAGUUGUGCGUUCAACAGAUCCUUUUCGUUUCUUUUUUUUAAAACGAUUGAGACAUUUUAAUCUUUUUAUAUAAAAAAAAUAAAGCUCUUCUAAGCAUUUUAACCUCUAGCUGGUCGAUUGUAGCUUACUUUCAUGUACUGUAUCGUUAACAGGAAAGGCUGUACUUCCUGUUUGGGUGAAGGCUGUUUCUCUUUUGUGUAACUUGAUUUUGGAUCGCACUUCGGGUGCUUUCUUUGGAGGUCCUUGCUCUCCCUGCCCUGGUCUUGUAAGUGCCUUUUCUAUCUCAAUAAAUGUUGUAAUAUCCACUA